AUGCCCCGACAUCGAGUCAGGCUUGAGGAUAGGAAGCGUUCCGUGCGCGCCUGCGAGGCAUGCAGAUUAUCAAGAAAGCGAUGCGAUUCCCGACUCCCGUGCUCCUCUUGUUCCCGAAAAGGAAUUGGUGCAAGUUGUGUGUAUGGCGACAGAGCGAAGCAAUCCCCGCCAAAUCGAAUCGGCUCUUCUCGCGAUCGUGAGGGGCUCCCGAUCCAUCAUGAGGCUAGAAGCGAAGAUGCCCCACAGCCGCUUCUCGCCCAGAAUGCCAGAAUGCUAUUGACUGCCAAGGGAGAAAAGGUUUACGUGGGCAAGACCGCUGCAAUAUCGAUGCUCCAGUUUCUCCGGAAUGUCCUUCGACGAUAUGCAGGACCUUCAACUUUCACUGAAAGCCGACGGAGUAAUUCGAUGUUGGAGGCCACUCUGAGGUCCGCGUCCCACAGGCCUACCGACUUUGUGGAUAACUUGGACCUAUCGGAACGAACCGAGUUAAUCCACUAUUACAAAGUUGCGUCCAAUGGAUUUCUCAAUCUACUCACGGAUGGCAUAUUGAGCCAGCUAAAUUCCGAAAGCAUUGCUACACCUGAAUCCGAGGAUACAUCGUUGAAAGACGAUAUAACGGCAGCCUACUUGGUAAUUGCCAUUGGAGCCCACUGCAGAGGCAACGGUGACAAAGAUGUCAAGACAUCUUCGAACUAUUUCGCGGAGGCACAACGCCUCGGCUUCCAGGAUAUGCUGCUAAAUCCGAGUCUUUCCAUGGUGAGAAACUUUAUCCUUAUGGCGUUUUACAUGUUCUGCGCUUGUCGUAGAAAUACGGGCCUAUUGUAUCUGGGGGUUGCAUCGCGAGCAGCCACUAUCCUCGGCUUACACUUACCGGAGUUGAAUGCGACUUUACCGGCUGAUAUACGGACGUCGAGAGUGCAGAUAUGGAAGAGCCUACGAGUUCUCGAUCUCAUUACCAACUCUAUACUCGGUAGGCCCAGCGGAACACAGGAUAUCCAGCCAGAGGCCCAAGAGGCGAGAGGGAAAACGGAGCUACUCCCUCAUACUUCGAUGACAUUGGAUGCCAUGUUUGAGUCUUGCUCUAUCGUCGAACUCAUAGCACAGAAGAUAACUCGGGACGGAACUCUUGACAUUCCUACAGCUGAAGAGUUCCUGCAGAAACUACGCGGUUGGGCACAAGGUCUGCCGUCAACUUUACGCCAACUAUUGACUCGAGAGAACGACGGUUGCGUGGAAGAUAACCACCAACAAGCAGCUAUUGGCAACAUUCAUGUAGCUUGCAACUAUUAUUUCGGCGUCAUGUUGGCUACACGGCAAUUUCUCAUCAGUGAGGCUAUCACUUGGCUGCAGCAAAAACAAGCAACCCGAAAUGAGGGACAAUCCUUUGCCCCUUCUCCAUCAGCUGCAAAGGCUCAAGAGCUAGCAAGAGUUUGUACCGACUCUGCUACUUACCUUGUACAAAUGUGUCAUGACGCUGGCACAUCUGACUUCCUGCUGGGUAAUAUGUGUAUACUUCAGUAA